AUGGGGAUCACCGAUUUCUUCUCCGACCUCCUGAGCUCCGUCUCAUUCGUACAAGACGUCCAGGCCGAAGCUCCUGCAGACGACAAGGAGGACUCGGAAGAAGAAGGCGGCGACGACAAGGAGGAUAAGAAAGAGGAAGGCGGAGAAGGUGACGACGGGGGAGACGACGGAGAGGGUGGAGGCGAUGGAGGCGAUGGAGGCGACGGGGACGAAGGUGAAGAGGGAGAAGAGAAAGAAGAAGGAGGAGAUGAUGACGAGGAAGACGAAGAAGAAGAAGAGGAGGAGGAGGAAGAGCCAGUCGACCCCAAGCCCCGGCUAGAAGAAGAGUGCGCAAAGUCCGCGCAAUGCCAGGGCUACAAGCACCACUUCGACGAGUGCGUCGAACGUGUCACUCAGCAGCAGGAGGACCCGGAGUACAAAGGCCCCAAGGAAAACUGCGUCGAAGAAUUUUUCCACCUCCAACAUUGUGCAACCCAAUGUGCGGCGCCCAAGCUGUUCAAGCAGCUGAAAUAG